UCGUGGUUCUAUGAAUAAUGUGGUUGAAUCAAGAUGGUUGACACCACAUUUGAAAGCAAUUAAAGCUCUUUGGUUGUGUGGCUCUUCCUUGCUGUAUAUGGACGCAUCUUUGUUUGCAACUGCAAUAAAUCUCCAAGUAUUGGGGUUGUAUGAAUUACAUUUUGGUUGUGGGAAGCAGCUCACUGCUGCUAUGCAAUUGCUUCAAAAAUGCCCCAACCUAUGUGAACUGGGAACUACGCCUUAUCAGGAAGGAAGCAAACUUGAUAAAGAAGCUGCUUCAAGACUUUUUGAGGAUCCAAAUGGUUGCUUUAUUGUUCAAGAUCUAACGAUGCUUAACACAAUCAAGAUUGACUCAUUUUGGGGAUCCACAACCGAAAUGCUUUUUGUGAAAAUGUUGCUUUCAAAAUCCCGCGCACUAGAGAAAAUUGUUAUUAUGGAAUCUAGUGAUAUUGACACAUCCAUAGCUGUCAAAAGCCUAAGGGAGUUGUUGCGUUUUCCUCGUGCAUCUACAAAAGCCCAAAUUGUUUGCUUGGAAAAUGACGACGAUGACGAUGCCUCCAUGUAUAGUUCGGCCAUGGGCGAAUUGUGGUCAAUGGAGCGGUAUUAGAGUGUGCCAAA